CACUGAAAGGUACUCACUGAACUCUGAUUCAGCCUCAGAAGAAAAUGGUUUUGGAUAUCUGGACGUGGGAGCAGACAUUUCAAGAACUGAUCCGGGAGGUGAAACCCCUGGCCAAGUAGACCCUGAAGUUGGAUGGGGACCUUCAGCUGGACUGCGUGGCCCCGGGAUGGAAGCAGUACCAACAGCGAGCCUUUGGCUGGUUCCAGUGUUCCUUAUGCUGCCGAAGUUGGGCUUCCGCCCGAGUGCAGAUUCUGUGCCACACAUACUGGGAACGCCGGACGGACCAGGGCCAGGUGGUUAUGCGACUCUUUGCUCAGAGGUGCCAGAAGUGUACCUGGUCCCAAUAUGAGAUGCCUGAAUUCUCCCCAGAGAGCACCACGAGGAUUCUGAACAACCUGGUGCAGCAUAUUCUAAAGAGGUACUACGGGGAUGGAACCAGGAAGUUUCCAAAUACAACAGUGAUCCCAGAGGUGCCUUUGGAAGGGUCCCAUGACACAGCCAACUGUGAGGCAUGCACUCUGGGCUUCUGUGUACAGGGCUUACAAAGUCACAUGACAGAACCUCCCCCAUCCCCACCCUCCUACCCGAAGAUUGGGAGGCCCUUUCCUGGAAAUAGUAUUGUGUGCAUCCCAACACAAGCCAUGAACCAGUCAGCUCAGGCAAAGGAGGCUAAGGCGAGUGGCUCUAAGGGGUCAGUGCCUAGCCAUGACCAGGAUCCAUUGAUCGUCUAUGUCUUUCUUUUCCUAUUUAUUUUUAUUGCAGUUAAAUUCUUUAAACAAGAAUGAUAAACA